AUGUCUUCUCUCAAGCAAUUCAUUCGCAAUGUGCGCUCCGCCAAGACAAUCGCUGAUGAGAGGGCGGUCAUUCAAAAGGAGAGUGCUGCCAUUCGGGCCUCCUUUCGAGAAGAGAGUCAUGACUCCGGAGUUCGGAGGAAUAACGUCGCCAAAUUACUCUACCUAUUCACUCUCGGCGAACGGACCCACUUCGGCCAGAUCGAAUGUUUGAAAUUACUUGCUUCACAUCGGUUCGCCGAUAAGCGACUUGGCUACCUGGGUACCAUGCUGUUGCUGGAUGAGAAUCAGGAGGUGCUGACACUCGUCACUAACUCAUUGAAGAAUGAUCUCAAUCACUCCAACCAGUAUAUCGUCGGCCUCGCCCUUUGCGCACUCGGCAACAUCGCCUCCGUCGAAAUGUCUCGUGACCUAUUCCCCGAAGUCGAAAACCUCAUGUCGACGGCCAAUCCCUAUAUUCGACGAAAGGCCGCCAUCUGUGCCAUGCGCAUCUGUCGCAAGGUGCCUGAUCUUUACGAGCAUUUCCUCGAGAAGGCCAAACAAUUGCUCUCCGAUCGAAACCACGGCGUCUUGAUCUGCGGUUUAACCUUUGCGACUGAUCUAUGUGAAGCCGAGGAAGAGGAAGAAGGUCCAGAAGGUGUUAUUGAAACAUUCCGGCCGCUUGCCGGGGGUCUGGUUCGGGUGCUGAAAGGGUUGACCACGUCGGGAUACGCCCCGGAGCACGACGUUUCAGGAAUCACAGACCCUUUCCUUCAGACUAAGAUCCUUCGAUUCCUACGUGUAUUGGGCCGAGGCGAUGUCCAAACAAGUGAAUUGAUCAACGACAUUCUGGCCCAGGUGGCUUCGAAUACCGAUGCCUCUAAGAACGUGGGUAACUCCAUUCUGUAUGAAGCUGUCCUCACCAUUCUGGAUAUUGAAGCGGACUCGGGAUUGCGAGUGCUCGGUGUCAACAUCCUCGGAAAGUUCUUGUCUAACAAGGACAACAAUAUCCGCUAUGUUGCUUUGAACACUUUGAACAAGGUUGUGGCUAUCGAGCCCAAUGCCGUUCAAAGACACCGUAACACCAUUUUGGAGUGUCUCCGAGACCCCGAUAUCAGCAUUCGCCGGCGAGCGCUCGAUCUCAGCUUCAUGUUAAUCAACGCAGACAAUGUGCGCGUGCUGGUUCGGGAGCUGCUGGCCUUCCUAGAGGUCGCUGAUAACGAGUUCAAGCCAGUGAUGACGACACAGAUUGGUAUCGCUGCGGAUCGAUUCGCCCCGAACAAGCGCUGGCACAUGGACACAAUUCUCCGAGUCCUCAAACUGGCCGGCAACUACGUUAAAGAACAAAUUUUGUCUUCUUUUGUUCGUCUUAUCGCAACCACCCCAGAGCUCCAGACCUACGCUGUCCAGAAACUCUACGCUUCUUUGAAGGAUGAUAUCUCACAGGAAGGGCUCACUCUAGCUGCCACAUGGAGUAUUGGUGAAUACGCGGAUAGUCUGCUGCAGGGCGGCCAAUACGAGGAAGAAGAGCUGGUCAAGGAAGUCCGGGACAGUGACCUUGUCGAUUUAUUCACCAACAUUCUUAACAGCACCUAUGCCACCCAGGUCGUCAUCGAGUAUAUCACUAAUGCGUCGAUGAAACUCACUGUGCGCAUGUCCGACCCAGCUCAGAUCGAGCGCCUCCGUCGCUUCUUUUCGGGACGAACUGCCGACUUGAGCGUGGAAAUUCAACAGCGUGCCGUCGAAUAUACCAAUCUUUUCGGUUACGACCAAAUUCGCCGCGGUGUGCUUGAGCGCAUGCCCGCACCUGAGAUCCGUGAGGAGCAGCGUGUCCUGGGUGCCCCAACGAAGAAACGUCAGAGCAAGAUCCUCAAGAGCAAGCCCACCAAGGCAUCCAAGCCUGCUGAGCAUGACCUUCUUCUUGACUUAGUUGGAGGCUCCGAUGCACCUGUGACCAGCCCCACCUCGAAUGGAUCCAACACCGCCGAUCUGCUGGCAGAUAUCCUUGGCGGCGACUCGGGCUUGUCAUCGCCCUCCCCAGCCCCUGCUGCCCCAAAUAGCAACAGCGCCAUCCUCGAUCUCUUCGGUUCCAAUGGUGCCUCGCAAUCACCCCAGCAAAUACCACCUGCAUCAGCUUCUAUGGAUCUCCUUGGAGGAGGUGCGCCGUCCCAAUCUGCCUCGCCUGCACCAGUCUCGGCGUCAACACCUGCCCAUACAGCAUUCAGCAAAGAUGGCCUCACACUCGCCCUUCAGGUUCAGCGAAGCGGCAACAAUGCUCAAAUCGUUGCCCGUUUCCGCAACGAGACCAACUUCGAGAGUUUCUCCAAUGUCGGUCUCCAGGCUGCUGUACCCAAGAGCCAGCGUCUGCAACUAAGUGCAAUCAGCAAAUCCGAUAUUGAGGCCGGUGAAGAGGGCACCCAGACACUGCGUGUAACUGCAGUCAGCGGGGCUCUCCCACCCAAGCUCCGUCUUCGUCUCCGAGUAACGUCCUCCCGUGAUGGCUCAGCACCAGUCACCGAUCAAGUAGACUGGACCGAGCCAUAA